UCGAACUGAGACACAAUUACUGCAGACAUGGGAUGGACCUACUGUGUUAUAUGCUUUGGACUCGCACCUUAAUUCCAACUCCGUUUAUGCACAAUUCCAGGUUUCUGUGUUUGUUGGUGUGUUUGUGCACACAGCUGGCCGCCUCUGAGUCUGUAAUACAUGGGCAGGUCCACUCCCCUCAAUAUCCCCGGCCAUACCUUCCCAACCUGCUGAUGAAACGGGACCUCUCCGUUCCUAAGGGCUACCAUAUCCAGCUCUCUAUUACACACCUGGAUAUCAAAGAGUCUUCAGGCUGUUCUCAAGACUCUCUGACGGUUCUCCAUGAUCAAGAGGUCUUGGGGAAGUUUUGUGGGCAGAAAAAUUCAACGGAUCACCCAGAUAGAGAGUCAAUCCUUUCUGAAAGCAACAGACUGAGCCUCAUAUUCCGAACAACUGACUCCACUCCUGAGCUCCAACAGCACACUGGCUUCUCUGGCAUCUAUAAGGCAAUAGAUGUGGAUGAGUGUUCAAAACCAGACCCUGGAGAUGGAUCGGGUCCACUCUGCUCUCAGAUCUGCGUCAACACUCCUGGUUCUUAUCGCUGCUCCUGCCACAGUGGCUACAAACUUCAUUUAGACCGGCGCACAUGUUUGCUGUCCUGUGGUAUUAACAUAUUUGGCAAGCAUGAGGGACAUCUAUCCAGUCCAAGGUACCCUCGUCCCUCACCUCCUUUUCUGUCCUGCAACUACAACAUCUCUGUGGAGUCCAGAUUCAAUGUCUUUCUGAAUUUUACUGACACAUUUCACAUAGAGAGUGUAAACACUCCACAAGGCCCCAGGUGUCAACAUCACUGGCUGCAGGUGACCAUCCCAGGCAGAGAACCGAUGAAGCUUUGUGGUAGACAGAGUCCAGGUGUGAUAGCUACAAAUUCCAGCACUGUGAGACUGGACUACCACACUGAUGAUGAAGGCCUGAGUCAUGGCUGGAGCCUGAACUACAGUACACAAGCAAAUGACUGUGGAGAACCUGAACCCUUACUGAAUGGAGGGGUGACCUUCCUGUCUGGAGCUGAGAAUCAGUACGGUUCUGUUAUUCAGUAUCACUGUAAUGAACCGUUUUACUCUUUCCCUGGGGGUGCAAAUUUUAGUUUUACCUGUGAAGCAGACAGAAAGUGGAGAUCCAACCACAAGGUCACUCCAACAUGUGUACCGGUUUGUGGCCAGCCCACAAAACGCAUCUCUACCUAUCAGAGGAUCAUUGGAGGCAGUGGAGCUCCAGAUAAUACCAUCCCCUGGCAAGCGCUACUGAAUAUCAAUGGAAUAAGAGUGGGAGGCAUGGUGAUUGCAGAUCACUGGAUUAUGACAGCAGCUCAUGACCUUACACAUAAUGGAACACCAGUUUCAAAUGGGACUGUACGGAUCUACAUGGGACAUACUGAUCUUAAACCACUUUUGAGAACUCCUGUGUAUGUUGCUUCAGUCCAUAUCCACCCUGAUUACAACAACCCCAGAGGAGCAGACUACAACAAUGACAUUGCCUUGAUCAAACUGCAAGACCCAAUUACUUUCAACUCAUCCAUUAUGCCAAUAUGUUUGCCAGCAGAAGGUGCCACAAAUGUCACUGGCAUGAUGGGAAUGGUGUCAGGCUUUGGCAUUAUGGAAAUUUACCCCCCACGGAUAACAAAGAAGCUGAAGUAUGUGCACCUCCCUGUGGUGGAGCAGAAGAUAUGCCAGGAUUCAGUCAACCAUCUGAAGAAGACGAGGGACAAUGUACCAAGUCUGACAAAUAACAUGUUUUGUGUUGGACUCCCUGAAGGAGGGAGGGACACCUGUAUAGGUGACAGUGGAGGCCCCUUCGCCUUGAGGGAUGAUGACGGACGGUUCUGGGCUGCUGGGAUUGUUAGCUGGGGGAUUGACUGUGGACAGCAGGGAAGAUACAGAAUCUAUACUAAAGUCAUUAACUACCUGGACUGGAUAAAUAAGACUAUGCAGGAGAACGGAACAGUCAUGGGAUGGACCUACUCUGUUAUAUGGUUUCUGUGGUUGUCAGUGAGUGAGAGCUGGCAGCUGGCCACCUCUGAGUCUGUAAUGCACAGGGAGGUCCAUUCCCCUCAGUAUCCCCAGCCUUACCUUCCCAAUGUGCUGAAGCAAUGGGAUCUCUGGGUUUCUGAGGGCUACCAGAUCCAGCUGACCAUAAGACAUCUGGAUAUUAAAGCUUCUUUGGGAUGUCAUCAAGAUUCUCUGACGGUUCUUUUCAAUCAAAAGGUCUUGGGGAAGUUUUGUGGCCAGGAGAAUUCAACUGAUCACCCAAGCACUGGGUCGAUGCUUUCUCCAGGCAACAGACUGACUCUCAUAUUCCAAACAAGUGGCUCCACUCAAGAGCUCCAACAACACACUGGCUUCUCUGCUACCUACGAAGCAAAAGAUGUGGAUGAGUGUUCAAAACCAGACCCUGGAGAUGGAUCGGGUCCACUCUGCUCUCAGAUCUGCAUAAACACCCCUGGUUCUUAUCGCUGCUCCUGUCACAGUGGUUACAAACUCCAUUUAGACCAGCGCACAUGUCUGUUAUCCUGUGGUGGUUGUACAUUUGACAAGCAAGAGGGACAUCUAUCCAGUCCAGGGUACCCUGGCACUUCACCUCCAAAUUUGUCCUGCAAGUACAUUAUCUCUGUGAAACCCAGGUUUACUGUCACUCUCAACUUUGCUGACAACUUCCACAUACAGAGUGUAAACACUUUGCAAGGUCCCAGAUGUCAACAUCACUGGCUGCAGGUGACCAUCCCAGGCAGACAGCCUAUGAAGCUUUGUGGCGGAAAGAGUCCAGGUGUGAUAGCUACAAAUUCCAGUACUGUGAGACUGGACUACCACACUGAUGAUGAAGGCCUGAGUCAUGGCUGGAGCCUUGAUUACAGCACACAAGCCAUUGAUUGUGGAGAACCUGAGCCUUUGCUGAAUGGAGGUGUGACCUACCUGUCUGGCUUCCAGAAUCAUUAUCGUUCUGUUAUUCAGUAUUACUGCAAUGAACCGUUUUACUCUUUCCCUGAGGGUGCAUUUGUAAAUUUCACCUGUGAAGCAGACGGAAAGUGGAGAUCCAAACACAAUGAUGUCACUCCAACAUGCAUACCUGUCUGUGGCCAGCCUACAGUCCUCAUCCCUGCCUACCAGAGGAUCAUUGGAGGUAGUGAAGCUCCAGAAAAUACCAUCCCCUGGCAAGUGUUACUGAGUGUAGAUGGACAAAGAGCAGGAGGCAUGGUGAUUGCAGACCGCUGGAUUAUGACUGCAGCUUCUCUCCUUGUACAUGAAGGAAAUGUAGCGCCAAAAGAGUCUGUACGGGCUUACAUGGGAUUCACGAAUGUAAGAACCCUGUUGAGCUCUCCUGUGUUCGCUGCCUCAGUCCACAUUCACCCUGAAUACAACAACCCCAAUGGUGUAAACUAUAACAGUGACAUUGCUUUGAUCAAACUGCCGCACCCGAUCACGUUCAACUCAUCCAUUAUGCCAAUAUGUUUGCCAGCAGAGGGGGUCACAUAUGUCACUGGCAUGAUGGGACUGCUGUCUGGCUUCGGGCUCACAGAAGAAGGAAAACAACGGAUUUUAACAAAUAAGCUGAGGUACGUGCAGCUGCCUGUGGUCGAGCAGGAAACAUGCAGUAAUUCAAUCACCAUGGUGAGGAGGAGAAGGAACAAUGUGCCGAGUCUGACAGAUAACAUGUUUUGUGCUGGAGUUCCUGAAGGUGGGAAGGACUCCUGUCAGGGUGACAGCGGAUGCCCCUUCGCCAUGGCUGAUGACCAUGGACGGUUCUGGGCUGCUGGUAUUGUCAGCUGGGGGGUUGACUGCGGACGGCAGGGAACAUACGGAGUCUACACCACAGUCGCCAACUACCUGGACUGGAUCACCAAAACUAUGCAGGAGAACUGAAUUUUACAGUAAUUAAUUGUGACAUAAUGAGACGAUAAAUCCUUCUGACAAAAAAGGUUAUGAAUAACAUGCCAUGUCAUACUUCAUAAAUUCAUUGCAGUGCACACUUAAAAUAAAGUGAAAUAUGACAAAUCGUGAAAACAAUGACUCUCAACUCUCUCUUACCAACUUGGUAUUUGUCAGUAGCUGCAGUAUCUGUGUGUAUCUACUGUGUCCUAUGAGUAUUAGUUACUUAAUCUCUUAGGAACUUACAAAGUCAGUAUGCUCCACUUAACUGUACUGUGCGUUUUGCUCAUAGCCUGGAACUUUAUGGUGUCCUUGACACACAUCGAUGGAUAUGGACAGACAAUAAAUCCACAUUUUAAUAUCAUAUAGAAAAUCUGGUCAACCAAUUAUGUCUAAAACUUAGUUUCUUAUGUCGUCAUGGAACUAAUUUUCCUGUGUUUUGUAUGAAAAGGAUUGUCUGUGCUUUUCUUUCUCUUCAAGAUUAUGGUGGUGUGAAUUAUCUGCAUCUACUCUUAAGACCCUAUAUGAUGUCUAUCACUCUACUCUAAAGCAGCCAUUAGUUUGUGUUUAUCUACCAGGCCCUUUUUUGUAAGUUUCCAUCUUAUAUCACACCUCUGCUGGUUUGGUCCUCUGAACCAGAAAUCAGACUUGAUCCAGUGACUGGCUUUCACUGCAGGUUCCUUGAGGUCUCUGAGCUUAGUAGAUCUAAUUUGACUAUUUAAUGGCCCAACCACUUGAAAGUUUUACAAAACAGCUUAAAA